CCAACACCAACACCACCAAGUCGACGCAGCCUUCCAUUCCGUCUCCGAGCCAGACAAGCUUUGGUGGUAGGCAGGAUCGGGAUGGCGAACGCGGAGGAUGCGCCCACGGCCGUGGCGGGUUCUUGCAGGUGGCCGUCCGCGCUGCGCUGGAUCCCCACCUCCGCCGACCGCAUCGUCGCCGCCGAGAAGCGCCUCCUCUCCCUAGUCAAAACUGGGUAUGUCCAAGAGAAAGUUAACAUUGGCUUUGCUCCAACCGGGUCAAAAGCAAGAUGGUUUAGAUCAAGUGAAGAGCCAAGGUUCAUCAACACGGUGACAUUUGGUAGCAACAAGGAGAAUGCUCCCACCCUUGUCAUGGUCCAUGGUUAUGGUGCUUCACAUGGGCUCUUCUUUCGAAACUACGAUGCCCUCGCAAGCCAUUUCCGGGUCAUUGCCAUUGAUCAGCUUGGUUGGGGUGGAUCAAGCAGACCUGACUUCAUCUGUAAAAGUACCGAAGAAACGGAUGCUUGGUUCCUAGAUUCUUUUGAAGAAUGGCGCAAAGCAAAGAACCUCAACAAUUUUAUAUUGCUUGGACAUUCUUUGGGAGGAUAUGUUGCUGCUAAGUAUGCCUUACAGCACCCUGAGCACGUGCAACACUUGAUUUUGGUUGGUCCCGCUGGCUUUUCACCAGAAGCAGAUGAUAGCGCUGAGCGAUUAGCCAAGUUUAGAGGAACAUGGAAAGGCAUGCUAGUGAACCAUCUUUGGGAGUCCAAUUUUACUCCUUCGAAAAUUUUGAGAGGAUUGGGUCCUUGGGGCCCAUAUUUUGUUCGAAGAUAUACCACAACUAGGUUUGGAUCAUAUUCAAAUGGUGAAUUACUAACAAAACAUGAAUCUAUCUUGCUGACAGAUUAUAUUUACCACACUUUAGUUGCCAAAGCCAGUGGAGAGUUGUGCUUAAAUUAUACUUUUUCUUUGGGGGCAUUUGCAAGAAAACCUCUUUUGCAAAGAGCUGUCAGUUCUUAG